AGCCGCCCAGGCGCCGCCGGAUUCUAACAGUUUGGGCUGAGGCAAUGGUGGUUCAGGGGCUGCCAGUCACUGCCCCAUUUCACCCGGCCCCUCCUGGGCCGUUUCUCUUCCUCUUCGAGCGAGGAUGAACACACACACACACACACACAUAUUUAAGAUCACAGCUAGCAAGUUUUAUUUUCUUAACAAAGACCACAUUCCUGGUCGUCAGCUAAUGUCUUUUUUUUUUUAAUUAAAGCCUUUUAUUUUCAAAACAUACAUGGGUAAUUUAUCAACGCUUGCAAAACUUUCUGUUCCAAAUUUUUCCCUCCUUCCCUCCACCCCCAUCUCUAGAUGACAGGUAGUCCAAUACAUGUUAAAUAUGUUAAGUAUGUAAACACAUUUAUACAGUUAUCUUGCUACACAAGAAAAAAUGGAUCUAGAAAAAAAAAUCGGAAAAUAAAAUACAAGCAAACAACAGAAAAUGUGAAAAUGCUAUGUUGUGAACCACACAGUUCUCACAGGCCUCUCUCUGGGUUCAGAUGUCUCUCUUCAUCAGUGAGCAAUUGGAACUGAUCUGAAUCAUCUCAUUGUUGAAGAGAGCCAUGUCCAUCAGAACUGAUCAUCCUAUAAUCUUGGUGGUGAAAGGGGUCCUCAAACUGGGGACUGAGGGCCAGAUGUGGCAGUUGAGGAUGUUUAUCCCCCUCACCCAGGGCUAUGAAGUUUCUUUAUUUAAAGACCCACAAAACAAAGUUUUUGUUUUUACUAUAGCCCGGCCCUCCAACAGUCUGAGGGACAGUGAACUGGCCCCCUAUUUUAAAAGUUUGAGGACCCCUGUAACUUCUGUGCAUUUCACUCAGCAUCAAUUCAUGUAAGUCUCUCCAGGCCUCUCAGAAAUCAUCCUGUUGGUCGUUUCUUACAUAACAAUAAUAUUCUAUAACAUUCAUAUACCAUAACUUAUUCAGCCCUUCUCCAAUUGAUGGGCAUCCAUUCAGUUUCCAGUUUCUUACCACUACAAACAGGGCUGCCACAAACAUUUUGGCACAUACAGGUCCCUUUCCCUUCUUUAGUAUCUCUUUGGGAUAUAAACCCAGUGGAAACACUGCUGGGUUAAAGAGUAUAUAGACAGUUUGAUAACUUUUUAAGCAUAGUUCCAAAUCACUCUCCAGAAUGGUUGAAUCCAUUCACAGUUCCACCAACAAUGUAUCAGUGUCCCAGCUUUCUCACACAUUCCCUCCCUUUUCCUGUCAUCUUAACCAAUCUGACAGGUGUGUAGUGGUAUCUCAGACUUGUCUUAAUUUGAAUUUCUCUGAUCAAUAGUGAUUUGGAGCACCUUUUCAUAUGACUAGAAUUUCAAUUUCUUCAUCUGAAAAUUGUCUGUUCAUAUUCUUUGACCAUUUAUCAAUUGGAGAAUGCCUUAAAUUCUUAUAAAUUUGAGUCAAUCUCUAUAUAUUUUAGAAAUGAGGACUUUAUCAGCACCCUUGAAUGUAAAAAUGUUUUCCCAGUUUAUUGCUUCCCUUCUAAUCUUGUCUGCAUUAGUUUUGUUGUACAAAAACUUAACUUAAUAUAAUCAAAAUGACCUAUUUUGUGAUUAAUAAUGAUCCUCUAAUUCUUCUUUGGUCACAAAUUCUUUCCUCCUCCACAGAUCUAAGAGAUAAACUAUCUUAUGUUUUUCUAAUUUGUUUGUGUCAUGUCUAGAUCAUGAAUCCAUUUCAACCUUAUCUUGGUACAAGGUGUUAGGUAUGGGUCAAUGCCUAGUUUCUGCCAUAUUAGUUUCCAAUUUUCCCAGAGGUUUUUGUCAAAUAGUGAGUUCUCAUCCCAAAAACUGGGGGUCUUUGGGUUUGUCAAACACUAGAUUACUAUAGUCAUUGACUAUUUUGGAGGAUGAAUAUUCUUUUGUCUCCCACAAAUUGCACAGACUAUUUAGUCCCAGAGGUUCUUCCCUCUUAAGGCCUCAGCUGGAGCCCCUCCCCUCUUGACCAUUUCUAUUCGACCAGCAACCCGACUCAUCCCAAUUCUUGGGCUGUGAUUCGAAGAUCGUGAAUUUAUCCUUACUCGAGAACAACCACUACCACCAUCCCCUCCCCGGUACUAGGUUAUUGAGCAUUCCCAGUCCAGUCUAAUAAUCCAAUUAUCCGGGUUUUACUCUACGGCCCAAGAGCAGAGCAAUACCUGUGCUACCAGCCCAGGAAAAGAAAGGGGGAGGGAUGGGGCAGGGGCGGAGUGUAAAGUUUCCCUCACCUUGGUGAGACUCCUCCUUUGCACCCAUAGUCCUAGAGCUCUUGCUGCCUAAGCCGCAUCGGGCAGGAUUCUUCCCUGGCUAUGCAGGCAGACCCUGGGGGGUAAGGGUGGAGUGCAGCGUUAGAUUGGGGAAGGUACCCCGCAGUAAGAAAUUUAACUCAGAUCACAAGGGCUUGCUGACAGAUUUUGAUUGCUAAUUACAUCGUAGGGCUCACUCGCUGUAUGACUUUGAACGAAUCACUUAACCUUUCUGCCUUGGUUUCCUUAUCUGUAAAAUAGGAAUAAACAUCCCAAAGUUAUUGUGAGGACCAAAUGAGAAACGUUCAACGCUUUGCAAACUUUAAAGCGACAUGUUUACAUGUGUGUACUGAAUAUGUAUGUAUUAUGUAUACACACAUAUGCUAUUCAUUCCCGUGCAUUGGAUUGACCUCUGGUUUGGGAUUUAAGAAAAGUUCAAACACAACCUUAAGCAAAGCUUACGCAAAACUCUGAGUAAAGCACUUAAUCUCAAUUUCUUCAUUUGUAAACAGGGUAAUAGCAUCUACUUCCUUAGGUUGUUUUGAGGAUCAAGUGAGAUAAUUUUAAGGCACUUUGUAAUAAUUAUACCGUAGAAUCUAAACCAUAGAUUUUGACUAUACCAUUUUACCUGGAAUUCACAUCCAAUAAUUUGUUUUCGAAGGUAGCUUUUUUUGAUUAUGCAGAUAAAAGAAAACACUGGACAGCUGAUUAACAUUUCCGUGUUCUCCUCUCCUCCCCUUGAAGCCUCUCAUUUCUUUCCCUCUUCCACCAUUUUUGCUUCUGAAAUCAAGAAUCUACAUUACUCAACUAUCACCUGCUGGAGUAUAUUCACAGGUUAAGAAGCCCGAUUUAUCUACUAGCUAUUCCUCUUUCCCUUAGGUUUUUGUUUUGUUUUAUUAUUUUGGGUCCCUGUGUUCUUCCUAGAAUGAAACUUGUAAUCAUUAUAAAUAUAUCACCCUUUUCUAAGUCUCUAGGUUAUUAAUCAACAGUCACUUGUGGAGCUCCAGCUAUUUGUCAAGCACUGUGCUAAAAGCUGGGAAUAAAAAGAAAGUCAACACCGUGCGGAUUGUGCUCUCAAGGAGCUCACACUUUUAAAGAAGGAGACAAGAUGUAAAAUUUGUGCACGCAAGAUGCGCACAGUGUAAAGAGAAGGUAAUCUCGGAGGGAACCGGCAGAUGCAAUCCAGAUUGGAACAGAUGCCCUCUAAGGUCUCUUCUGAUUUCUUCUGUGUGUCCCUGUGUCCGAAAAUGACAUUUGAGAUUGCACAUGUCGGCGUCCUUGGGUGGAAGGAAAGGGCGCGUCACGCACAUAUCUGCCCUAUCCCUCUCGGAACAGUUUAGAGACCCGUCUGUUUUGUAGGCUGUUGCCUACACCAUCCUAGGCUUUCAUCCGACAUUUCCCAAUGCUGUAAACUAAGUCUGCGUCACACUUCUCACCGGGGGCUUCAGAAACAAAAAGAACCUCAGACGUCCAAAGGUGAAGCACGUUCUUUCACAUGACCCCAUCUCUCAACUGAGAGAGCUUUCCCCAAACUAGGAUAGAAUCCUUUAGCUGCAUCCCCAUUCUGUCCUCCCCCCUCCACCCCCGCUCCCUUGUAGCCGUUUGCCACCACUCCGCCACUCCCCUUCCCCCCAGUGCCAGGGCUGAACACCGAACACAGCCAAUCUCCGGAUUUCUUGCAUUUCCCCCGCCUCCCUCUCCCCCCCCCCUCCGACCCUUCGUGGUUGAAGGGAAAACCUGGAGUCGGAGAAGGUAGGGGGCGGAGAAGGGGGGGAGGUGGCAGCCUCCGGGGCUAGAAGCAGCGAGCAGCCGUCGCUGCAGCUGAGCAUGCUCAGUAGCGAGGCAGGUUCCACUCAGAAGUAGGAAGCUUGAGCUUUACACCACCGGCGGCGGCGGCGGCGGCGGCGGCGGCAGCACCCCAGGGUGGCCGAAUUCUUAUAGAACAACAAGAUCGGGUUGUUUCCAUCUUUCCUCUCCUGCUCUGUUCUUCACGUCGCUUGGGGACCCUGCUCUCUCGGGACCCCUCUGGCAGCCUCGCUGCGGUAGCUGAGGGAAGGGGUGCCGGAGACGUCGCUCACCGCACGCCCCCCCCUCCCCGGGGCUGCGCUGCAGGGCCAGGCCGGGCCAGGCGGGCCGGGCCCCGGGCAGACGCCGAAGGGGACCCUGGGGGCGGCGCCGUGCCGAGGCAGGCCCAGCAGCGGCAGCGACAGCGGGGGUGGGGGGAAGAGCGCCUGCCCCGGCCCCGGCCCCGGCCCGGGGGAGGCGGUGCGGGAUGCCGCCGCCGCCGCCUCCUGGUCCGGGCUCGGCUUGGUCCUUAGUCCUGUGUAAGUGGCCGCGCCGGGCCCCCGCUCGCCUUGCCCUCCGCCGGGGCCGGGCGUGAGAGCACGGCCUCCUCCUCCUCCUCCUCUUCCUUGUCCUAGUCCUCUCCGCCCCCUGGCGCCCCGCUCGGCCGCCGCCGCCCCCCAGAGGAGCCCCCGGGGCACCAUGCAGGCGCUGCAACUACAGUACGAGUUCUUCAGCGAGGAAAACGCGCCCAAGUGGAGGGGGCUGUUGGUGACGGCCCUGAAAAAGGUCCAGAUGCAAGUCCAUCCUACACUUGCUUCAAAUGAGGAUGCUCUCCAAUAUGUUGAAGAGUUAAUUUUACAGUUGUUAAGUAUGCUGUGCCAAGCUCAACCCCGAAGCGUUUUAGAUGUUGAGGAUCGUGUACAAAAAAGUUUUCCUCAUCCAAUUGAUAAGUGGGCAAUAGCUGAUGCUCAAUCCGCUAAUGAAAAGAGGAAGCGAAGAAAUCCAUUAUCUCUCCCAGUAGAAAAAAUUCACCCUUUAUUAAAGGAAGUUCUAGGAUAUAAAAUUGACCACCAGGUUUCUGUUUACAUAGUGGCAGUAUUAGAAUACAUUUCUGCAGAUAUUUUAAAGCUGGUUGGAAAUUAUGUACGGAAUAUACGACAUUAUGAAAUUACAAAACAGGACAUCAAAGUAGCAAUGUGUGCUGAUAAGGUAUUGAUGGAUAUGUUUCAUCAAGAUGUAGAAGAUAUAAAUAUAUUAUCUUUAACUGAUGAAGAACCUUCCACUUCAGGGGAACAAACAUACUAUGACCUGGUAAAAGGAUUCAUGGCUGAAGUUCGACAAUAUAUAAGAGAACUUAAUCUCAUUAUUAAAGUUUUUAGAGAACCAUUUGUCUCCAAUUCAAAAUUAUUUUCUUCUCACGAUGUAGAAAAUAUAUUUAGUCGUAUUGCAGAUGUUCAUGAACUCAGUGUAAAAUUAUUGGGCCAUAUAGAAGACACUGUGGAAAUGACAGAUGAAGGCAGUCCCCAUCCAUUAGUUGGUAGCUGCUUUGAAGACUUAGCAGAGGAAUUGGCAUUUGAUCCAUAUGAAUCAUAUGCUCAAGACAUACUGCGACCUGGUUUUCAUGAUCACUUUCUUAGUCAGUUAUCCAAGCCUGGGGCAGCCCUCUACUUACAGUCAAUAGGUGAAGGUUUUAAAGAAGCUGUUCAGUAUGUUUUACCCAGGCUACUUCUAGCCCCUGUGUACCACUGUCUACAUUACUUUGAACUUUUAAAGCAGUUAGAAGAGAAGAGUGAAGACCAAGAAGACAAAGAAUGUUUGAAACAAGCAAUAACGGCUUUGCUUAACCUUCAGAGCAGUAUGGAAAGAAUAUGUUCCAAGAGUCUUGCAAAACGGAGAUUGAGCGAAUCUGCAUGUCGAUUUUAUAGCCAACAGAUGAAGGGAAAACAACUAGCAAUAAAGAAAAUGAAUGAGAUUCAGAAGAACAUUGAUGGGUGGGAGGGAAAAGACAUUGGACAGUGUUGCAAUGAGUUUAUCAUGGAAGGAACCCUCACACGUGUAGGUGCCAAACAUGAGAGACACAUAUUUCUCUUUGAUGGUCUGAUGAUCUGCUGUAAAUCAAAUCAUGGUCAGCCAAGACUUCCUGGUGCUAGCAAUGCUGAGUAUCGUCUCAAAGAGAAGUUUUUUAUGCGCAAGGUACAAAUCAAUGAUAAGGAUGACACUAAUGAAUACAAACAUGCCUUUGAAAUAAUCUUAAAAGAUGAAAAUAGUGUUAUAUUUUCUGCCAAGUCAGCUGAGGAGAAAAACAACUGGAUGGCAGCACUGAUAUCAUUACAAUAUCGUAGUACUCUGGAAAGGAUGCUGGAUGUAACAAUGUUACAAGAGGAGAAGGAAGAGCAGAUGAGGCUUCCAAGUUCUGAUCUUUAUAGAUUUGCAGAACCAGACUCUGAAGAAAACAUAGUAUUUGAAGAAAACAUGCAACCCAAAUCUGGAAUUCCAAUCAUCAAAGCAGGAACCGUUAUCAAACUUAUAGAGCGACUCACCUACCAUAUGUAUGCUGAUCCCAAUUUUGUUCGGACAUUUCUUACAACAUAUAGAUCUUUCUGCAAGCCUCAAGAGCUACUGAGUCUUCUAAUAGAGAGGUUUGAAAUUCCAGAGCCAGAGCCAACAGAAGCUGAUAAGAUAGCUAUGGAGAAUGGAGAUCAACCCCUGAGUGUAGAACUAAAACGAUUUAGAAAAGAAUAUAUACAACCUGUACAACUUCGAGUACUAAAUGUAUGUCGGCAUUGGGUAGAACAUCACUUCUAUGAUUUUGAAAGGGAUACAGAUCUUUUGCAACGACUGGAAGAAUUUAUUGGAACAGUAAGGGGCAAAGCAAUGAAGAAAUGGGUUGAAUCUAUCACUAAAAUCAUUCAACGGAAAAAAAUGGCAAGAGACAAUGGACCAGGACAUAAUAUUACAUUUGAAAGUUCACCACCUGCAGUUGAAUGGCAUAUAAGCAGACCUGGACACACAGAAACUUUUGAUCUGCUCACCUUGCACCCAAUAGAAAUUGCUCGACAGCUCACUUUACUUGAAUCAGAUCUCUACAGAGCUGUACAACCAUCAGAAUUAGUUGGAAGUGUGUGGACAAAAGAAGACAAAGAAAUUAAUUCUCCUAACCUUCUGAAAAUGAUUCGCCACACAACUAAUCUUACUUUGUGGUUUGAAAAGUGUAUUGUAGAAGCAGAAAACCUAGAGGAAAGAGUAGCUGUGGUGAGCCGAAUAAUUGAGAUUCUUCAAGUCUUUCAAGAACUGAACAACUUUAAUGGUGUACUUGAGGUUGUCAGUGCCAUGAAUUCAUCACCUGUUUAUAGACUGGACCACACAUUUGAGCAAAUUCCAAGUCGCCAAAAGAAAAUUCUAGAGGAAGCUCAUGAACUGAGUGAAGAUCACUAUAAAAAAUAUUUGGCAAAACUCAGGUCUAUUAAUCCACCAUGUGUGCCUUUCUUUGGGAUUUAUUUGACAAAUAUCUUGAAAACAGAAGAAGGCAAUCCUGAGGUUUUGAAAAGACAUGGAAAAGAACUCAUAAACUUUAGCAAAAGAAGAAAAGUUGCAGAAAUAACAGGAGAGAUACAGCAGUACCAAAAUCAACCAUAUUGUUUGCGAGUAGAAUCUGAUAUCAAAAGAUUCUUUGAAAAUUUGAAUCCAAUGGGAAAUAGCAUGGAAAAAGAAUUCACAGAUUAUCUUUUCAACAAGUCACUGGAAAUUGAACCAAGAAACCCUAAGCCUCUACCGAGAUUUCCAAAAAAAUACAGUUAUCCCCUCAAGUCUCCUGGUGUUCGUCCAUCAAACCCAAGACCAGGUACCAUGAGACACCCCACGCCACUGCAGCAGGAGCCAAGGAAGAUCAGUUACAGCCGCAUCCCUGAAAGUGAAACAGAAAGUGCAGCAUCAGCACCUAAUUCUCCACGGACUCCAUUAACACCUCCUCCAGCUUCUGGUGCUUCCAGUACCACUGAUGUGGGCAGCGUGUUUGAUUCUGAGCACUCAAGCCCUUUUCACUCAAGCAGCGAUACCAUCUUUAUCCAAGUUACACUGCCCCAUGGCCCAAGAUCUGCUUCAGUAUCCUCAAUAAAUUUAACCAAGAGCAUUGAUGAAAUGCCCAUCCCCCCACCAGUGCCCCCAAGAAGAAGACCAGAAUCCGCUCCAGCAGAAUCUUCUCCCUCAAAGAUUAUGCCCAAACAUUUGGAUAGUCCUCCAGCAAUUCCUCCUCGCCAACCCACAUCAAAAGUCUACUCACCACGUUACUCUGACCGGACCUCGAUCUCUGAUCCUCCAGAAAGCCCUCCCCUUUUACCACCACGAGAACCUGUGAGGACACCUGAUGUUUUCUCCAGCUCACCACUACAUCUCCAGCCACCCCCUUUGGGCAAAAAAAGUGAACAUGGCAAUACUUUUUUCCCGAACAGCCCCUCCCCUUUUACCCCACCACCUCCUCAAACACCUUCUCCUCACGGCACAAGGAGGCACCUACCAUCACCACCAUUAACACAAGAUGUGGACCUUCAUUCCAUCCCUGGGCCUCCUGUUCCUCCACGGCAAAGCACUUCUCAACACAUCCCAAAACUUCCUCCAAAAACUUAUAAAAGGGAACACACACACCCUUCCAUGCAUAGAGAUGGACCACCUUUGUUGGAGAAUGCCCAUUCCUCCUGAGUACUCUUGUGCUGGGAUAAACGUUUUCCUGGCUCAAAGUCCAUUGCUGGCAAUGGAUGCACUGAACCUGCCAGCACUGAGGAGUUUAAACAUAUACUCCAAACACUAAAUACUCUACUUUAAAAUGCAGUAUCCAGUGAAUCGUAAGCCUGAUAUGUAGUAUAAAAAGAAUUGGAUAUUCCUGUUUGGAAUGCAGAAAAACAGAUGUUGAGUAAUUGGACAAUUGAUUGCACCUAGCGAUGGGAUAAAGGGACUUUUCUAGCCAACAGGCAGGAGUUGUGUUUGUGUAUUGGUUUUUAUCAAAAAAGGGACAGAAAGUGUAGUCUGGUGUCCAGCAGGCCCAUAUGGUAACAGUUUUUGUAACUCAAACAUUAUGCACUUUUUUUAAAAUCUUAAACAGGGAUCUUUUUAUCCUUCUUCAUUUUCCUUUGCUUUGUUCUCCCUAUUUUAGAAUAUGUUCUUGAAAACCAUUAAGAGGACUGUGAGGAAGAUCUGUGGUACCUAAUCUUGUAUAGAACAAGGCAAGAGCACUGUGCUGCAGUCCUGUUUACAGAUUCUAAGGGAGAGUCAGUAACGAUGGUGGAUUUAUGUUUUCCACCCAUGGGUCCUUUAUGCACUCAUUGGUGCUUAUCUGAACAUAAACGUACUCAUGAUUUUCCUUAGUGCUGGCAGUAUUCUUGCUGACCAUCUUCAGAAUAGCAACACCACCACCACCACCCCAAUAUGCACUUAAAACCAGGUCCGAUUGCCCUGCAGCUGAGUAUCAAAGUCUUGCUAUUUUUUUUCCUGUCAACAGAAUUGAAACCAAGUAAAAUAUACUGUAGACCAUAUGGGAAGUUUUGCCCUUUUUAAAAGCAUACAAUUAAUGGGAACUUUUCCAAACUGUAAAUAUAUGAUUGUAUCCCCAAGAGCAGAAGAGCAAAAAUGACGUUACAGAAGCGACCAAAUCUCCACUGACAAAAGUUUCAAGCCUACACAUUUUCUGAGGGGACAGAAAUAAAGUACCAGGGCAGACACUUCCUACUGUGAACUUCAUGGUGCUAUGAAGUCAGCAGUUUGGGCUCAAAAAAAAAGCAUUUGGGCCUGAUGUUUUAACAAGAAUUUUUCUCCAAUAAGAUGAUAACUAAUCCCCACCUUGCCAAAGCAACAUUAGAAUGCAACAAUUCAAUGUGAAUUAGGAGCUAUAUUUGAUGUACAGUCCUGACUUUGUACCUUCUGAUUGUUGAUUUUCACUUUAGGCCCACUUGUAAGUGCAGUAAUUGGGGAGGACAUAUGUUCAGUGAUGCUACAGAUGGUCAGAAGUUCCUCAUUGGCCGGACUCCUUACCAAUAACCUUUUUCUGGUAGAAUAAGAAAUUUGGCAGUCUUUGGAAUAAAUAGGGGAUAAUUUAUAUUGCAAAAAGGUGUAUUUGUGUUUCUAGAAUCAACUGUUGGGAUGCUAAACCUAAAUCACCAUAUUUAUUGACUCUCCCUCAUACAGUGAUUAGUGUGGGUACCUGGGCUUCACCAAAGAGGUACUUUUUUUCUCUGUUUUAAAGAAUAAUUAUAGUGCCAGUCCACAAAGGAUUUUUUUUUGUUAUUUUAUUUUGGUUUUGGUUUUUGUUGUGUUGUUUUUGUUGGGCUUUUUGUUCGUUGUUUUAUUUUGCCAGAAAGCAUAAUCGGGUAUUAAUUGCCUUCUUCACGCAAGGAACAAUGAAAGUCUUAUGUCAUUAAAUGACAGUGGAAAUGAAAAAAAUGCUAUUGUCGAUUAAAUAUGCUACUCACUUUUAGGAGACUGUUAAUCUACACUAGUUUGUCACCUCCCCCCAACCCCCUCAAGGUUUACUGAUAAUCCAUUUCAUGGCUCAUAACUGUACUGCUUUUAAUGAAGCCAUGGAAAUGCAGGCACUCAAUGUGAAAAGGAACACUUGCUGGGCAUCAAUGACAAGUGUCAUGUUUGAUUAACAGCUGAGUCAUCAGCAUCUCGAGAUUUUACCUUGCAGUUGCUUCAAUCAUGUGUAUAUAAUGAAUGUUGCAUAAAUAUACUUGGCAGGUUCAUUUUAAUUUAAUUGAAAUAAAGAUGCAGAUAUUUCAUUUGGCUGUCAUACAUUAAAUUAUUAUAUUGACAAUUACUUCUUAUUUCUCUCUGUUAAAAAGCAAAACACUAAAAGCAGCUAAAAGCACAUGUGGUACACCUUUGCUUCUAAUUCAGGAUGUCUGUGUUCUUAAUGGUUAAAAAAAAAAAAAAGCUGUUGAAAGAGAAGCUAGAGUUUGGCACGUGAAGAAAAGUUUGGUUGAAAUAAGAUGAUUGUAACUUUUAAGGGGAACUUUGUAAGUAAGUUUUAACAUUUUCCAGGCACCAUGUAUGCAGUUUGUUAAAGUUUGUCUUAAAUAUUCUACCUUUCUUAAGGUCUUUUGAUAUAUCAAGACUAUACAAGACAACAUCUACCCUCAUCAUUAGUUAUCAUACUAUGGCUUAUCCAUUAAACCUGUGGACUGCUUUUCUGAUUCUAACAAAUACUGUGACAGUAAUGCAUGUCAGAUAUUAAUUUUUUUUAAAAAGCAGCUUAAUUAAUCUCCAAUAUGUCUAUGAAAUGUGCAGUAUUUCAUCCUUAUUUAGUGAGUCAUGAAUUCAUUAGUAUCUGCAUGUUUCUUCUGUGCCUAAAAGAAGCAACAUUUCAACAACACUGUUGACUAUGCUAGUGGGGGCAUUUUUAGCAGUGAUAUACAUCAUGGCGGAAAUAUGCUCUUUUAAUCAUUUACUGUGGUGUUCAUUAGACCAGUACAGUAUCUACACCAUGAUCAUAAAAUUUAGUCUUUAAAUUCCAGAAAAUUGAUUCUGUCAUCAUUAAGCAGCACAUCUUAUCAUCAAUAGAUCAUCUCCAGUUGUUAGAGUUGAAUCCCUUUUGUUUAAUAUAUAUAAUAUUCCUGUUUGGCUAAUUGUGGUUUUUUUUUUUUUCACUUUUUAAAAUGAAAUUGCUUUUCCUUUUUAAAAAAUCCCCUUAAAAAUUGAGUCAUAAAUUCAUCUUGGCUAUAGAUCAUCCACUAGCCCACAACAAAGUGAUUAUUGUGGCUUCAAUCAUUAUUCUAUUAAUAAAUGUAUAAUUCAUUGGUUUGAAUAUAGACUGUACUUCCCCCCAAAAAAAUCUGGUUUUUAAAACAAUCAGUAUUAAUUUUUUACAAUAUGCAUGUAUUUUUUUUCCCUUUCAGAAAGAUCUCUCUUUCGUUGGGGGAAAAGAGGUUAGGAUACCUAUAUUCAAACCAAUUCAGGUAAGGAGUACACAUCCAGAAGUUCUGAUCAUUUUAAACCACACUUCAUGCCCUCAUUGCUCUCUGUCUCUCUGUUUGUCCUCUUUUUUCCCCUUCCCCUUCUUCUCUCUCUCUUCCUCUAGCUCUCUCUCUCUCUCCUGACUUCAUCUUUUUCCCCCAAGUAUCCUUUUUCCCAUUAGAUAUUAAGAACUAUUUAGGGGCCCAUACACAUCAGUGAUGAAUAGUGGGUAUUCAUUUUGAAAAGAUACAUAACCCCUUACGCCCCCAACCCCCAUCUUUUGAAAAACAAAAGUGUGAUUGUAAGGUUAAGCCAGAUGUCAAAAGAGCAAUACCCUAAUAGUGGUUUAGUGCUUUUUCCAUUUUAUAUGAAAAUUCAAAUUGGAUCUCCUUAGGUGAGGAAAACCCAAACAGCUAAUGAAAUUACUUUUAAUAACUUAUAAAUAAUGAGUGACCUAGAAAAGUUUUAGGUAUGUAAAAAACUAUCUUUGAAUAGAUUUACAUAGUACCACAGACUAUAGAUUACAAAUCCAGAAUUACAGCUCCAUCAUAUGCCUUCUGGGAGAGCAUCAUCAAUCUUCCAACCUUAUUUCAAAAUAAGGAAUACACUUUCUUCCAUCGAGGGGGAAAAAAAAUAAAUGGUGAAACAGUGAUGCCAAAUCUUUAAAUUUCAUUUUAUCUUUGAUAGGCUGAUAUUCAUUUAACAUAAUAAGAUCACAUUUAUUUUUAAAACUAUAUGCUUUUGAAAAUGUUACAAAUAUAUGAAAAUCAUCGGUUUCUGGAUAUAGUGACAGAUUUGAGAUAAAUUCCACAUUUUUUUCUCAAGAUUACACUUCCUGAAAACAUAAAGAAACAAAAAUGUACAUAAUUUGGGAUUGUCAAUAAUACAUUAUUUUUGUGGGUAAAUUAUUGUGCAUUUAGUAACCUGAGUGUUUUACUGAAUUUCUUGGAAAAAUAUGCCCUCCCAGAAUGGUCCCAUAUUUAUAAUUCCAGUUGUGGUUUGUUGUUGUUGUUGUUUUCAUAAAUGGAAAAUGGUCUUAUGCCACCAAAAAAAAAAAAAAACCAAACAAUUAGGAUGUAUGAUCACUGGCAUCUUGCUGCACUUAGGAAGCUGACCCUACAUAAAUAUGUAUUUCUCAUCGAUGCAAUUAUAAUUCAUACCAGUGGCUCUAUAAUAAGUAUUGGGUUUAUUCCAACUGUACUCAUUUGGGAAAUCAUGUUCUUUAAUAAUCACAAAGGAACAAAAGUAAAUAUUUGUUCUAAGAUAUUCUGCUGCUGUGAAUGGUUCACUUAAACUUUUUUAGUCUUCAUGUCUUUUCUCAUCUCUCUCCUAAUACUGGUUUCAGGAGAAAGGGAGAGUUAUGCUAUGUCUUUUUUUUUUUUUUUUU